GGGAUCAUAUGAUCAACACCAACUGUUCUGCUGUCCAUACCCGGCAAGCUCUCUGCUGCAAGAUGUCUGUGGAAUAUGAUAAAUUCCUGGAAUCUGGGCACAAAUGGUUUUGCCACGUGGACGAUGACAACUAUGUGAACCCUCGCACUCUCCUGCGUCUCUUAUCCGCCUUUUCGCACAGCCAGGAUGUCUACGUGGGGCGGCCGAGUCUGGACCAUCCCAUCGAAGCAGCUGACCACGUCCAGAGCGAUGGAUCAAAGACAACCGUGAAAUUCUGGUUUGCCACAGGUGGAGCAGGGUUCUGCAUCAGCAGAGGUCUUGCCCUGAAGAUGAGUCCCUGGGCCAGCCUGGGUAACUUCAUCAGUACGGCGGAACGCGUGCGUCUCCCCGACGACUGCACUAUCGGCUACAUCAUCGAAGGGCUGCUGGAGGUGAAGCUGCUGCAGAGGCUACAAGGCGAGUCUGUGCUGCAGCAG